GAUGACGACAUCGGGCCGGUGGCCGCGGCGACGGGGGCUGGGGGGCGGGGAAGGCUUCCGGGCUGUCGUCCUGACUGCAGAGAGCUGCUGUCAUGGCGGUCGCUCCGUGCGGCUUCUUUUCCAUCCUGCUGCUGUUGCUCUCAGGGGAUGCCCAGAGCUUGGAGGUGCCCGGGGCGGCGGCCGAGGGGUCUGGAGGGAGCGGGGUCGGCCUAGGCGAUCGUUUCAAGAUUGAGGGGCGUGCGGUUGUUCCAGGGGUGAAGCCUCAGGACUGGAUCUCUGCGGCCCGAGUGCUAGUAGACGGAGAAGAGCACGUCGGCUUCCUUAAGACAGAUGGGAGUUUUGUGGUUCAUGAUAUACCUUCUGGAUCUUAUGUAGUGGAAGUUAUUUCUCCAGCUUAUAAAUUUGACCCUGUCCGAGUUGAUAUCACUUCAAAAGGAAAAAUGAGAGCAAGAUAUGUGAAUUAUAUCAAAACAUCAGAAGUAGUCAGACUGCCCUAUCCUCUCCAAAUGAAAUCUUCAGGUCCACCUUCUUACUUUAUUAAAAGGGAAUCUUGGGGCUGGACAGACUUUCUGAUGAAUCCAAUGGUUAUGAUGAUGGUUCUUCCAUUAUUGAUAUUUGUGCUUCUGCCCAAAGUGGUCAACACAAGUGAUCCUGACAUGAGACGGGAAAUGGAGCAGUCAAUGAAUAUGCUGAAUUCCAACCAUGAAUUGCCUGAUGUAUCUGAGUUCAUGACAAGACUCUUCUCUUCAAAGUCAUCUGGCAAAUCUAGCAGUGGCAGCAGUAAAGCAGGCAAAAGUGGGGCUGGCAAAAGGAGGUAGUCAGGUCGUUCACAGCAGGCAUUUGCACAAACAUAGCAACACUGGGUGGCAUCCAAGUCUUGAGGGAAAACCAUGUGAAGCAACUACUGUACACUUGAGUCAUCCUGAAAGUUGAUCUCUUACAACUGUUGUAUAUGUUAACUUUUUAACAGGUGUUUUGUAUUUGGUACACAAGAAAACCCAACUUUCAUCCUUUGUCUGUAUGAGGUCAAUAUUGAUGUCACUGAAUUAAUUACAGUGUCCUAUAGAAAAUGACAUUAAUAAAUUAUAUGAAGUACUAUGCAUUAUGAUAUUAAAAUAAGUCUUAAUCCAGAGAUCAAA